CGUCUAGUCAGCAUCGAAUUUCGCUUUCCUCUAAGUCACGCGCGCAGGCACGCUAUCAGCGCAGUCGGUAAUGAUCUGGUACGCGAAGAUGCCGGGCAACCUGGCUGGGAUAGUAUGGCGAAUAGCAGCAGCAGUGGCGGAAGACAGACCCUUUGGAAUUCUUAUCGAGGCGAUCCAGGUCGACAAAUUUUCCAUCGCGUCUUUUUCGAUGCUGUUGCUCGGCGGCUUUAUCACGAUGGUGAGCGAUGGAGCUGCGUCGGAUGAUCACGCGAAGCUGACCUGGUGCCCUCUCGUGCGUCUCGGCAGGCUUCGGUGCGUGGCGGGACAGGUGGAUCUGUCUCUAGAGCAUGCUGACUCGGAUGAGAGCGUUCCCCAUCCAUUCUCCCCUCAGUCUUUACGGAGUUCUUUGACGUCGCACGAUCCAAGGUGCGCUGACUGUGCGCUCGAGGUAGCUAGGCGAAGUAACGCUCACCCUCGUGCUGCACUGCCACGAACUACUCCGCUCAGGUCUUCUACGCCUGCGAGCUGCUUCGAUAGAUGCUCGUCAAAAGUUGUCAAAAGUGUAUGCAUUCGCUUGUCUCCAGGAAUGGCGAGUGGCCGAGCCGGCGCCGACGGAACGCGCUCCUGGCUGGAACUAUCGAUCCUUCCCUGUAAUAUCAAACCACUGUUCUUUUCCGCGAUUCGGCCUCGGUGAGCCACGUCUGGAUGGAUUUUCAGGCAAAGUUGCUGAGCCUAUCCGAGGCUGAUUGCGUGGUAGUAGUGUGAAAUGACACGCUCACUAGGUUGCCUGCUGGAUUGUCGUGCCUGCACACUCCUACAUAUGAUCAAGAAUCACC